AGUGGCUUUAGUGCACCGCGCGCUAGCCACCAGGUUGAAACGGACGUUCCGCAGAGCGCUUUUUCGGUCUUGGAUUCGUCGGGAGUUUGGAAGAGCGGACGAAGUUUAGGUUGGCGACAUAUUUGUCCAUCACCUGCCGCUGAUAAAAAGUGCGAAAAAUAAGAAUAGAAAAUUUUUAUCGCGAGUUUGUGUGAUUGUCAAAGUGCAGAUAUCGUCCGGUUGUUUUGAGUGAUACGAUUGAUCGUCGAAGACAUGUGGAAACUCGAUUGGAGGAUCGUCCUUUGCGUUAUCCUCGUCGCCUCGCAAGUCAAAGAUGCGUCGCAGGUCAAAAUAACGCGGCACACAGUCCCCGACUUUGUCGAGAGUGGAAAGGAGGAUUUCGUGAUUUUGGACUGCGACUAUGACCUGGAAAAGACGCCGAGUGAAGGAUUAGUGGUGAAGUGGUUUCGAAACGAGGUGGAGUUAGUGUACCAAUGGAUAAACGCCAGAGACGAGAAGGACACGGACGGUUGGAAGAAGCCACAGAGCGUGCCACCCUUCGACAAGUACGUCGACCUGCGGUACAAGGCGAGUGAAGACAAGUCGAAGAUGUGGCGGGCGAUAAAGUUGAGGAACCCGACUCCCGAGCUAACCGGGAACUAUACCUGCACGGUCUUCGGAGUCGCGGGAAACGAGGCGACCAGCAAGAAGCCGAUGGUCGUUUACUCUACGGGGAAGAACUUCAGCUUGAUACAAAGUAAAAAAAGUGUCAACGGAACGGAAGGUGUGGAACUGACAUGCUUCGCCGAAGAUCUCUACCCGAGGCCCAACCUUCAGAUAUACGUCGAAGGCGUGGAACAGAUCCAGAGGCCAGAGGUCACCCAGUCUGUGGAUAAUAUGUUGUACGCGAUUAGUUCGCGGAUUCUACUUAAGGAUAAGGAUCUUCCGGAGGAGGUCACGGUCGGCUGCAACUUGACGAUACCCGAAGCCAGAUACUCCGUUUCCGAUGACUCGGUCUACUACCCCGGGUCGCCCAUUACUACUACCACCGCUACGACCACGUUGCAGCGAAAAAUGGACAUCCAGGCAUCAGACAACUCACAACCAGACACUGUCAUUGGUGGUGGUAACGCGGUGAGUUCGAUUCCUAACGGGCUGAUGAUACUCCUGGUCAAUACUCUUGUCGUCUGUUCUUCCAUAUUUUGAACUGCUUGCAACAAGAUCACGCAUUCGGAAGAGUCUGACCCGCAUGUAUGGGACACGAUUUGGAAAACCGUCAACGAUAUUCCUCGUGUCGUUUCAUUGUCAAUCAUCAUUACUCAAGAUUAUUAUAAAUUUAUAUGAUAUAUAUAUAUAUAUAUAUAUAUAUAUAUAAUAUAAAUAUAUAUUGAAACCCCCACACAGACACAUUAUAUAGUACAUAAAUUAUUAUUAUUAUUAUUAUUAUUAUUAUUAUAUAUAUACUUACUGUUACAUGAUCUUAAUAAUCUUUCAAUUGUCAUCAACUCGAUACGACGCCUAGCUAUGGAUAGUUUAAAAUUCAAAUCGCAGCUGAUCAAAGAAAAUUGAGAAUGAGGCAACUUCUCGAGCCGAAAGGUAGGGAUAAAAAAAAAUCAGCUCUGGCUUGUACACGUGUGAAAAUGUUAAUAACGGUCAGUGGUAGAGGACACCGAAUGGUGUAAAUUGGGAGA